GCCCCAGAAGCAGCGCCGCCGUAGUUAUGGCGGCGCCCGGGCGGCGGUGGCCGGUGCGGCUGCUCCUUACGCUGCGGCCACUGCCCGUGCACCGGUCCUUGCACGCCGCGGCCCCGCCGCGGGACGUGCUGCUCUUCGAGCACGAACGGGGCUGCUUCUUCGCGGUCCUCGGGCUGUUCUGCGCGGGCCAGGGCGUCUUCUGGGCCUCCCUGGCGGUGGCAGCUUUGGCCCGACCCCCGGCCCGGGCGCUGUCUCCAGACGCGGAGUUCCCGGACCGCGGCCGCUCGGACCUGCGCUCCAUGCUCUGGCGCUACGGCCUGGCGCUCGGCUGCGGCGCCAUCGGUACCCUGGUACUUGGUGCCGGUCUCCUCUUCUCCCUCCGUUCUGUGCGUUCAGUGAUGCUAUUGGCUGGAGGAAAGCAGGUGACCCUCACCACUCACGCUCCCUUUGGCUUGGGUGCCCAUUUCACCGUUCCUUUGAACCACGUAUCCUGCAUGGCCCACCGUGGUGAAGUCCCUGCCAUGUUGCCUCUGAAGAUCAAAGGCCGGCGCUUCUACUUCCUCUUGGACAAAGCUGGACACUUCCCCAACACAAAACUCUUUGACAACACUGUGGGUGCCUACCGCAGCUUGUGAAGAGACCACCGCGGAUGGCUCACCCCUCCCAGAGGGUAAUAAAAACCGGACCUCGGGGAUGGGGGUCACCCAAGGGGGUCCAGGGUUCAUUAACAGCAAAUAAUAAAAGA